AUGUAUAAGCAAUAUUCGAGCGGAAGUUUCCGAGUGACUGGCGGGAGCAUCCGCAUUUGUGUGUGCCCUCCGCUCGUGCGCGCGAUGCCUGCACUCCGCCGCCGCACCCCGUGGCAGCCGCACCGGCAGCGCCAGAAGGACGGCGACGGGUUGGCGGCACGUUGUGCAGAGGCGCCUGCUGCCUCCCGUUCCGUUGCCGUGGCGAACCAAGAAGGAUGUCCACCCACACGCGGUGCAGCUCAGCACACCCGCCGCCACGCUCGAGUUCCGACCACAUCGUCAAUCCGCACCAUCACAUACGCACACGUUCCAAGCAGCGCAGAGGGAAGGGAGGGCCGCGGGACUAUCCGGCCGUAG